AUGGAAAACCUCCCCUUCAAACGUCGCAAGCAUGGCUUAAACUCACUCUUCGAUCGCAUGGUUGCCACGAUGAAUACCAUUCACCCCUAUCGACGAGCAGCGGGUGCACGGUGGCACCGAGCAUGUUCUUGUGUGGCGCCCUCUUCCAGCGACUGUUAUGCCCAAAAUUCUAUACCCCAACAGUUGGGAAAACUCAGCCAAGAUUUCUUAGCAAGAAAGACGGACGGAACUUGGAGUGUUGAUCCGAAAGGAUCUCACCGGUAUUUCUACGAACAGACUGGUUACCGGGUUGUUAAAGCGGUGGUGCGCCCGGAAAGUUGUACCACACCACUUCCGGACUGGAUGGCGUCCACUCUGUGUGUUUUAGAACCAAACGACCCGUUACGAGCUCUACUUCCGUCUUUGGAGGUUGCACAGACUCCUGUGAGGAAUGUUGGUAAGGUACCCUGCUCACCGCAGGAAGAGCAAAUUUUUGCUUUUUGUUACCCGGAUACGGCAGAUAAAUCAUCGAAUCCCGGUCCCCUUCCCCCAACGUUAUCGCGGGAUCGCAAACACCACACCAUCCGGAAUAACCGAUUGACAGACUCCCUUCCAUCCGUGAAAACGUCUGAUUUUUACUUGCCUACCAGGCCUCCGUAUGCAGUAUCGGACCGCUUUGUAUCCAACCGCAGAGUUCCGUUGUCGUCACACGCUGCUUCUAGCUCCCCCACCUUCUGCAAAUCAGAAGGAUCGACUGCCAUUGGAAGGUACCAUCCUUGCGUUUUCAAGGUUGCCAUUGACGUACCUGGUGAGCCCGAAGGGAGAUUGGACUCCGAUUCUGCAACUGAGGACGUCCUGUCAUGUAAGACUGCAGACAGCAGCUUCGUGUUCGACAUCGACGCUAUCGAUUUCAGCUGGAAACCAUUCCUCAGAUCGAAGGUCAGCGACGGACACCCAGUGUAUCAGCGAGAGAACGAUACUUCGCAACAGAUGUCGCCGUAUUCUCCUGUCAGCGAAGCGUUAGUUUCGGACGGCCUUGGUCCUCAUAGUCCAAUUUAUACUGACAUAAAUCCCACGACCACAACCAGUCCACUAGUGUACGGGCAAAAUGAGCGACCUGUAUGUCUUCCCCCGAUAUCCGAUGACCCCACAGAUCUGCUGCGUGAGGGACCCCCUUACCUUUUGGACAAGGAGGAGCAUAGGAUGUCUAGCUCGGAGAGAGCUUUGCCUGACGAACGCCCGGUGGUGCUGGCGGAACCUUGUGAAUUCAUGACUGCCCGCCCGUCAAGACAUUUUACCAAGCAACGACGAACGAUGCCAGAUCCAGGUGUUCACCCCCCCGGGGAGAAGGCGAGCACCUCAAACCACCACGCCUCGUGGGUAUGA